GGUUCCUACAUCUACUAUUACUACUCAAAGCUCAAAAAAGAGAAAACGUGUAGCUAUCUUUAUAUCUAAUCCAUCUUCAAUAUAUACCAUUGACAUUGAUCAAGAAAUUUUGAACUUUUCUAAUUUUGAUCAUCUAACUGAAGAUAUUUCAACUUCUUCUAAUCUGCCUCCACCUCCUGAAGAUACUAGUUAUCAAUCCUAA